AAAGAAUUUUCAUGAGUCAAUACACUUCUUCGGUCACCUAGAGACAAAAUCUUUAAGACUUGAAGAUGAUAACCACCAAUGUACAGAUUCAAAUACUGAUCUGUCUGUAUCUCAUAAUAAGUCAGGCAGUGGCCUUUAUGCCUUUUCGGACAAAAUCUAAAAAGCAUCAGGAUAUAACUCAUGAUGCGAUUCUACAAACAACAGCUGAUGUUUGCAAACUUCAAGUACUCCAGCAAGGACGAGAUAUUGUUCUGCCUGUCCCACUGUCAGUAGAGUCAGUGGCAGAAGUUUGUUCCUCAUCUAAUUUAGCCAAGCAAUUUCAAAGGAACAUUGAUAAGAUAAAUAAGCACAAUGCCAGGAUUGACUUUCGUCAUCCUUUUACUGGAAGUUACCAUUUUGACGAUGAGGAGUUUUUUUCUGGACGGAAUCUUAUUACUGAAGGAGUUUCUGUUGUCAAAUACAGUGUCAAGCAGCAAAGAUAUGAAACUGCCAGAGAGACACUUGGUAAAAUAUUACACACUUUGCAGGAUUUCUACAGUCAUAGUAACUGGGUUGAACUAGGAAAUAGAGAACCUUUUUCCAACCUGAUUAAGCCAGACACCCCAAUCAGUAACAUAGCAGAUUCAGAUACAUGCAGAAAAUGUACAAGCAGCACCUGCACAGCAAACAUACUGGAAGAGGUCAUUGAAAAGCAGAAACUAACAUCAGGAUACUUUGGCUUGUUCAAACCAAAAGGAAAGUGCAGUCAUGGGGGAUUAUUCGAUCCAUCAAGUUGGUUUGAAGGUGGCAUAAGUAAGGAUACUGACAGCUCCAGCCAUGGUUAUCUACAUGAUGUGGCAGCAUCAGUAGCAACUGCUGCUACCAGAGAACUACUGGAAGAUAUUAGAGCAGCAAUUGGAGAUUCCGAAUUUCUUAGAUUAAUGGGAUUCAGUCAGACUUCAGUACUGUGUUUUGUUAUUGAUACCACUGGUAGCAUGUCUGAUGACAUUGAUAAGGUCAGGAGGGUUACUUCAUCCAUUAUUGAAAGUAAAACACGCACAGCAGCUCAACCUUCAGAAUACAUCCUUGUGCCAUUUAAUGACCCUGAUUAUGGCCCGCUAACAAGAACAACUGAUCCUGAUUUGUUUAAAAAACAACUCAAUGCACUUACAGCUAGCGGUGGAGGAGAUGCACCUGAAAUGUGUCUCUCAGGACUCAGGCUCGCCCUCACUGGAUCUCCACCACAGACUGAAAUUUUUGUUUUUACUGAUGCUGAUGCAAAAGAUACAUAUUUGACAAGCACCGUGAAAGCACUGAUUGAGAAAACAAAGUCUGUUGUGACCUUCAUGCUAACUAAUGGCUUUGCAUUUCGACGUCACAGAAGAAGUAUCACAUCCACUCAGCCAAACCAGGUCUACCAUGACCUGGCUCAAGCUUCUGGAGGUCAGGCUAUUGAAGUCACCAAAGGAACCCUAGACCAGGCCACUAGCAUUAUUGCAGAUAUCUCCAGCUCUACUCUGGUAACUCUAUUUCAGGCUGUAAGAAACCCAACAAAACCUGAAAUCUUUUCAGUCUUUGUGGAUUCUUCUGUGCACAACCUGACAAUUUACAUCACAGGCAACUCUCCAGUUUACACCAUCGUUAGUCCCUCAGGAUUCUCACAGAACAGCACUGUACUGAAUGGGACGCUGGGGCGUAUUCGUAAAGUUGGUAACUUCCAUACAGUGCAACCAAAUAUUGCAGAUCAGACUGGACUGUGGCUCUUCAAUAUUAGUUCAACACAACCCUACACCAUCAAAGUUGUUGGUCAAAGUGCUGUUGACUUCAUGUUUGACUUUGUAGAACUUUCCCAAGGGCUUCAUCCAAGCUAUUCUGUAUUGAACAGCAGGCCUGCAAACAACAAUGUUAGCCUGUUGGUGUCCAUGGUAGGUGGGGACAUUGUGAGGCCUACAGAAGUGUUUCUGGUUGAAGCAUCAAAUUCAAUAUUCAACACUUUUGGGUCACUAGAAGAGGUAGCUAGUGGCCAGUACUUAGUGACCUUCAACAGCAUCCCGGCAGGAGCAUUUACUCUUCGUGUGGUUGGACAGAACAGUUUCUCUAGAUCUUCAGAUAACAUCUUUCAGAGACAGUCACCAACUCAAAUUCAAACAUCAACUGUGACUAUAACUACUCAAGAAGUUGGAACAAUGGAACCAGGAAAAAUAUUCACUCUCCCUUAUACAGUUGCAACUAAUAGCUCUGGAGGAAGCUUUAAUAUUAGAGUUAGCAAUGAUCGCAAUUUUAAAACUCAGUUUAACACAUCCAUAACUCUUAAGAGUGGAGUCAGUGUGAAUGAUACAGUAACUCUGACUGUACCUGGAAACACUCCCUCUGGAACUGAUGUCACUGUGACAAUUGAAGCUGAAGCAGUUGAUGGAAGUGACUCCAACUACGCUGUGCUACGUAUUGCUGUCAUUGCACCGAUAACAGAUUUUACGCCUCCUGUGUGUGAGGCUGUUAAUGCAUAUGCUAACUGCACAGGCAACUGCAGCCUCUCCUCAUGGUACCUCACUGCCAAUGUGACUGAUGGAAAUAGAUCAAGUGUUCAGACUGUGAGAAUCCUUCAGGGAAAUGGCAACCUCACCACCACUACUGUGCUCAGUGACACAGGUGUGAAUGUCACUAUGGUCAUCUACAAUGCCUCUUGUUGUUUUGUAGAUCUGGAACUGGUUGCUGUGGAUGAAGUUGGAAAUGUUGCCACAUGCUUUAAAACAGCUCGUCCCAGCAACCAAACCAGCAUUAAUAGUGCUGAAUGUUUGUUUUUGCCAGUCUUCCUUUGGCUGAAUGUAGCAGCAUCUGUUUACCAAUUCAUGCAUCUCUAAGACAUCUAAUAUCUAAAUAUUUUGCAGUUAUACCUGUUUGAAAAUGUUUUGCUUUAUUAUUGUCUUAUUAUAUAUCAGUGUGUAACAGGGAAGACAUCUUAGUUGCUUUAUUUGCAAUAUAUAUUUAAAGGAAGUCUAAGCUUUGGGCUCAUUAUUCUUUGAUUUGGGGCUUUUUUACCAUUAAUUGUCAGUACACACACAUACAAACACACUAUUUGUACUAAUCAUGUUAAAGAAACAGUUUUUGCCUGCAAUUUAAAAUCUGUGGGAUUGAGCUACAGAACCACAGUAAUUACAGUCUUAUUGCUAUUACAUGCAUAUGGUGUUAAUGUUUGGUAUCGUUCUGGUAUAGCUUUCAUCUUUCUUGCUUGCAUUUGAAUAAUUCUAUCUUAAGUGCAAAUUUAAGUGCAUUUUAUUUUUAAAUAGCCUGAAUUACAUUUUAGAACUGCAUGUACAGGUAAAUAAUGAGGGAGUUUUCUUUAACUGGUAUAAGGUGAUUUGAUGUAUUGCAUAUAACAUUCAUUAUUUUUCCCCCAAAUAAUUAAAUACUUAAUUACUUCCAAUGUUUUUUUACUGUCUAUAUUGUCUUUUUCUUGUAUUCUUUCCUUUGUUUCCUUUGCUAUGAGCUAAAUUAAAAUUUCUUUAAACACA